AUGGCGUCUCCUGCGCUCCAAACGUGGUGGCGCACCUUGGCCCGCCUGCCGGGCGUCCAGGCGCGCUCGAACCACUUCGGUCCCCGCGCUCUCGGUCACGGUGCCCGCAGCGUUUCCCCUGCGGCGAUGGCCUCGUCUGCCUCGCUGCUGAGCCCUCGAUCCUCUUGCCUCCGUUUCCUCUCCUCUGCUGCCCCGAGCGCAAAGAAGCCGGCCAGCGCGGGCACGACCCCGCCGGCGGGCACAAACCUUGGGCGCAUCACCCAAGUCAUUGGAGCCGUCGUCGACGUCCACUUUGACGAGCAGUUGCCUCCGAUUCUGAACAGCUUGGAAGUCCAGGGGCACUCAAACAGACUCGUCCUCGAGGUGGCUCAGCACUUAGGCGAAAACACCGUCAGGACGAUUGCCAUGGAUGCCACUGAGGGCCUUGUGCGCGGGCAGAAAGUCGUUGAUACUGGCGCCCCCAUUCAGGUGCCCGUUGGCGUUGAAACCCUCGGGCGCAUCAUGAACGUUAUUGGAGAGCCUGUGGACGAGUGCGGACCGGUGCCCGCGAAGAAGACUUACUCCAUUCACCGUGCCGCUCCGCUCUUUGCUGACCAAUCGACCGAGCCAGGCCUUCUGCAGACGGGCAUCAAAGUCGUGGAUCUCCUGGCCCCGUACGCAAAGGGCGGCAAGAUCGGUCUCUUUGGGGGCGCAGGAGUCGGAAAGACAGUGCUGAUUAUGGAGUUGAUUAACAACGUCGCGAACAAGCACGGCGGCUUUUCGGUGUUUGCUGGCGUCGGCGAGAGGACCCGCGAGGGGAACGAUCUGUACCACGAAAUGAUGACGACCGGGGUGAUUAAGAGGAAGAAGCUGGAAGACGGCAAGUUCGACUUCACUGGAUCCAAGGCGGCGCUGGUGUACGGACAGAUGAACGAACCGCCUGGGGCGCGCGCGCGUGUUGCGCUGACGGCGCUCUCGGUCGCCGAGUAUUUCCGCGACGAACAAGGCCAAGAUGUGUUGCUCUUCAUCGACAACAUCUACCGCUUCACUCAAGCGGGCUCGGAAGUGUCGGCGCUGCUCGGCCGCAUUCCCAGUGCCGUCGGCUAUCAGCCGACGCUGGCGACAGAUCUCGGCCAGCUGCAGGAGCGCAUCACCACGACGAAGAAGGGUUCGAUUACUUCCGUACAGGCCGUGUACGUGCCGGCAGAUGACUUGACGGAUCCUGCGCCCGCGACUACCUUCGCCCAUUUGGACGCCACGACUGUGCUGUCUCGACAGAUUGCGGAGCUGGGUAUUUACCCGGCCGUUGACCCUCUGGACUCCACCAGCCGCAUGCUGGCUCCGGAGAUUGUGGGCCAGGAGCACUACGACACGGCCCGCGCGACGCAGAAGCUGCUGCAGGACUACAAGUCUCUGCAAGACAUCAUCGCCAUUCUGGGUAUGGACGAGCUCAGCGAAGAGGACAAGCUGGUCGUCUCGCGAGCGCGAAAGAUCCAAAGGUUCCUCUCGCAACCCUUCACUGUGGCGGAAGUCUUCACCGGCAAACCCGGAAGAUUCGUCGAACUGCCCGAAACCAUCAAGAGUGCACAGACGAUCCUCCGUGGCGAAUGCGACGACUUGCCUGAAAUGGCCUUUUACAUGUGCGGUGGCCUCGAGGAAGUGCGGUCGAAGGCUGUGAAGAUGGCCCAAGAAGCGGCCGGAAAGUAA